AUGUGUGUGUUAGUCGGAAUGGGGUAGAGAGUAGGUGCUAGGACGACUACUAGCAGCGACGGGAUCUAUAUACGAAACAAAGACGCUGAAUCCGUCUGGUAUCACCUACACAUCACUAAUCUUCCCCGCUGAAUCGUCAUUGGAUAUGGACUGCUUUGCUUUUGGGGCGUCAAGCCACUGCGGCUGAAAGGCUGAGCCCCGAGGUUGAGCAAUCACUUCGGCUGCCUCGCGACAGCACGCUUCUGCAACACGAUCAGAUUUCGCCUCACAGUUCGAUAUGGCGUUUUUCACCGUUCUUGUCUUCAUUGCUAUCGCCCAUUUGAACGUCGUUCAGGCGUUUCCGUCCUCCGCUGGUGACGCGACAGCAGCGAACGACACUGUCGCCCUUCCACCAGGAACCUCAAAUCACGGCGACCCAAGCCUGAUCUGUCGACCAGCCAGAUGGACCGAUAUCGUGGUUUUCUACUUGGGCAAUUACGUCGCCCAUGCGGCGACCGUGGUGUUGCAGCCUGGAUCGAGUCCGCUGGAUACGGCUACGGCAAUAGUCGUGGCGUUCCUUUUACCUGGAGCUGGCAUCUUUCAAGCCCUUGAGGCUAUUGCUACCCGGGCAAUUUUCCAAAACAACGACCUCCAAGCCGCAGCCCGUGCCGGUGCCCUUUGUACCAUGUUCGCCAAUGUCACAAUAGACCGAGAUCGUUUCAGAAAGGCCGGCGUCAAGCUUGUUGCGCGAGGCUCAUUCUCGUCUAAGUCUUCAUGGCUUGGCGAUCUCCGCGUCCAUGGGAUAUAUCGACUCCCAGCCGGCUAUAUUCUCCUCAGAUUGCCGCCGGACUGCCAGUUAGCGGCAGAUACGGGAAACUUGGCUCCCCAUUUGUGCAGCAACUAUAACGUCCUCAAGAUCAUAGUCGCUCUAGCUCAGACACUUUACGCCGUCACCACGUUGUACGAUACCCAAGGAGACCAGCUCGAGCGGUUUGGCUACGCUGCUUUCGGGCUAACUGUCACGCCUUACCUGUUUAUGUCCACCUUGAAUCUGAUGGGUAAUUUGAUUCGGCCAGAUUAUCCAGCUAUGUACCUUGUGCGGUCUCGAGAUAUGGACGAACUCGCACGAACCUGUCCGCAAAGUAUAGACGGCACGGUCGGUUCUCUGACUGCGACGUACGAGCAAAGUCUCAUCGAGAAGAUCGUCUUAAACCACGAGCUUGGCGGGUACCACCAGCAACCUCAGGGCGGCGGGCAGGGCGCCGGCGGCUCUCUGCACGGGGUGAGUCGAAGCGCGCAGGAAAAUCACCAAGAACUACACCAUGGUGUCUUCCGACUCGCAUCCUUAUCUUUUGCAUUAAUGGCAACAUGCGGGUUCAUUUUGAGUUUCAUCCCAAUAGCUGUCAUCGGCGGGAUGACAAGAUUUCGUCCGGGUCACAGCACGCAUGCUCAACGAAGCUGGAUCAUGAGCUGGAUUGUAUUCGGAGCUUACCUCGGUUGGUGGCAGGGGCCUCAUCUGCGCCUUAUACAGCGCGCCCGCUUUGGGCGGAAUGAUAGUGGUUGGCCAGGAGAUUAGCAGUUAUGGGGUCUGUAAAAGGAUAUAGGAAAGCAGGACGGAAGUACGGAGGGCUGGAAAUAUCCAGGAGUUUUUACACCACAUUGCCGUCAUGACAUUGGAGGUAACAGAGUGGCUGCUUGGAGGUACAUGGAG